AGGAUGUGGAAAACUGGGUCAAAAGCAGAGAAGACAGGAGGAGAGAAGGAAAAAACAGCGUAAAGGAGCACGUACAGCCAUAACACCCCCUAAAAGCUGUAGCUACUGGGUUUAUACAUGCACGCAUGCAAAGCCAUCAAAGUUUUCUUUCGUGCCCUUGUGUUGUGCACAGAGCAUCCUUCAGGUCUGCAGGUGAUGUAUAUCCACUCCCUCUUUUUCUUCAGCAUUUACUAUCAGAUAACAUAUAUAGAUAGAUAACAUUUAUCUACUGACCGUUCUGCCAGCAGGUUCCAUCUUCUUCCUUCUUGCCCAACAGACUGCAUUAUGGAUUUCAACCUCCACACUCGCAGUGAGGCAUGUCUCAGUCGGAAAUAUAUCUGGCUGGCCCUUACUCCAGGGUCCUGGUGUCCCUAUUGUGCACACCUGCCCACCUGUUUGAAAAGCAGCAGUAAGUGGGCCCUAAAGGAGGACGACGAUGAUAGCAGUUGGGCUAAACGUGCUACCCUCACUGUUGAGGCAGACCUGGACAUUUUUGGAACCCCUGGGUUUAGAAGGAAGACACAGUACAGUGCAAGAGUCCUCUGACUUGGCUCCCUUGGUUCCACUCCUGACAGUGGGAAGGAGGACCUGUCAUCACCUGCUCUUCCUCCGCCUGUCAGCCACAUGCUGACCAGUGGGGCCGUCUACCACAACCUUCUGGACAUCAUUAAGAGUGCCACCACUUAUAACAAUGUUCCCAUGCCAGUGGAGACACCUGCAUCUGCUCCCAGGUAAUCUUUAAAGAUAUCUAUUGCCCAGAGCAGGAGACCUGGCGUCAUCCAGUGUGGCCCCAUUUUUCCCUGUUUCGGCCCUUCCGCUUCUCUGCUUCGGCCCUUCCUCCCCCUUGAAGGUUCCUGUGUCCCAUGGUUUCCCUUCUGUUCCUGCACUGGAGUCAAGCCUGUGUGACAGGCUGUUGCCCAGGGCCACUUUCUUCAGCUGACAGAAGCCCACAACACCUUCCUGUCAUGAUCAGGUCACUUCUAGCCUCGCUGACUGCACUCGUCAGUGCAAAACACAAACAGUGACAACUGCCAACAAUAUUUCACUGCUCACAUUCAUCUCUAUCUCCUCCAUAGCUGCUCAGCCCAGAGUCCUUUCUCCUGAGUUGGUGAUGGAGAUUGGGAAGGCAAUGGCAGCAGUACUGACUCUCUUCAUGGCUGCAACUGUGGCAUAGACUCGUAUUAAGGCGUGGAUGACAAUGCUCCAACGCAAUGUGUGGCCCCACAUGUCUCAGCUUCCAAAACAAAUUAGGAAGGGUGUCGACAGCCCCCUCAGCGCAAAUAAGGCUCCUGGUGUGACUGUCAGGAUUCCUGCCCCAAGUUCAUGUUUCGCAGCCUCCUGUGCAACGAUAGCUGUGGCUGCAUAUAACCCUGAAGUGCUGUCUGUCCUCAUAUUCUUCGCUGUCGCUUUCAAUGGCUUUGGAGGAAUCUGCCUGACCUUCACCUCACUCACACUGCCUAACAUGUUUGGGAAUGUACGAUCAACCAUCCUGUCCCUGAUGAUUGGCUCCUAUGCUUCUUCAGCAGUCACCUUCCCUGGUGUCAAGUUGAUUUAUGACCUUGGCAUAUCAUUCCGCAUCUUGAUGUGGGUUUGGUCUGGUAUGGCCUGCAUGGUCUUCUUCAACUGCUUCCUAAACUGGCCUGCUGAGUCUUUCCCCGCACCUGAAGACAUCAGAUACACGAAAAAUGUGAAGCUAAGUGGGGUUGUGACAGAAGACAAGAUGACUGGAGACAGAUACGUCACCCAUAUGACCGUCAUGGAAGACACGAUGGGAACCAAGCAGCCAGAACCCAUACAGACAGACCCCCAGAGCACAACCCAGGUCUCAGUAUCCCUCUGUCACUCUAUGGGCUCUCCCAUCUUCCUGUGGAGUCUCAUAACCAUGGCAAUGACCCAGCUGAGGCUAAUCUUCUUCAUGGGCGCCAUGAACAAGAUGCUGGAGUUCCUGGUCACCCACGGCGACCCUAACCCCUCAGGAGAGCUGCAGAAGGAAGUGGAGGAACAAGUUGGUUUCUACUCAUCUAUCUUCGGCACAAUGCAGCUGCUGUGUCUACUGACCUGUCCUUUGAUUGGCUACAUCAUGGACUGGAGGAUGAAAGAGUGUGAAGAGGAAAAUGCAAAUAUACAAGCAAAGACAUGCCAAUCGGAUCUCCCAAAGAGAGACAGAAAGAUCCAGAAACUGACCAAUGCCAUGAGAGCUUUCAUCUUCACCAACAUCCUAUUGGUCACCUUUGGAAUAAUUUCCUUGAUUGACAAUCUUCCCAUACAGAUGGUGUCAUUUGUACUGCAUACCAUAGUGAGAGGAUUUAUUCACUCGUGCUGUGGAGGUCUCUAUGCUGCUGUGUAUCCAGCCAACCACUUUGGGACACUGACAGGCAUGCAAUCAAUGAUCAGUGCUGCUUUUGCCUUGCUCCAACAGCCCCUGUUCAUGCUGAUGGUAGGACGCCUCAGAGGAGAUCCUUACUGGAUCAAUUUGGGCCUUCUCAUCUUCUCCUUUGCUGGCUUCCUGUUGCCAGGAUAUCUAUUUUAUCAUCGUAGAAAUCUCAUCAGGGCAAAGGCAGAGCAUAAUAGGCUGGCUACUAGCCAAUCAGACACAGAGAAUGCACCUCUAACCCUAUCCGACAGUGGAACUGCUAAAAGCCAAGCCAAUGGGCUUGCAGCAAAAGGAUACACACCAAAUGGGCAUACUGUUUAAGAUUAUCGAUAGGCGUAAUGAUUUGAUGAGGUGAUGACGAUUUAUACCACUGUUUUUUUAAAUUACCAUUCAGUAGUUUAUGAAUGCAACCUUAUUCUGAUUUGAAAAUUAUCUUUAUUUCAAAUGAACAAAAGUUCUACAUAUGGACAGGAUUUGCACUGGAACAGGGAGUUAGUUGGGUUUGUUAUUUAGAAAAGUCUUUGACUCAUCAUUAAAUUCCAGCAAGGUGGCUCAGUGGCCAGCAAUGUCACUUCAAAACAUGAAAGCCUUGGGUGUGAGUCUCAGCGCUGCUCCAUCUUGAAAUUUAUACAUUUUCCCCAGAUUAUAGUGGUUUACUUCCUCCAAAAACAUCCUUAAUUACCCAUAACUAAGAAUAUAUAUGUACAUCUGUACAAAUAAACAAAUGACGGAGGAGCAUUUACCAGCUUUCUCAAUUAACAGCUUGUUUUUCUCAGAACUUAGACUGAAUUCACUGCAUAAGCAACAGGCAACAUUUUUUGUGCCUGCUGUGAUAUUGUCAAUUUUAUAUGUUACAUAUGGUGCCGUAAUAAACAGAUUAGACAGUUUGUUAUACUUACAGUUAUGUAGUUACUAAUAUUCUCUUAUGAUCUUCUCUGCAAUAGUAGGACAUGUAACUUAUUAAGUUGAUUCUAUUUAAAACUAAUUUAAUAGUUUUAAAGUAUGUCUCCUGAGCUCAGCAUUAGCUUCUAUUAUUUAGUAAUGUAGAGGAGCAUCAUAUUUCUUCUUGUCAGUGGUGGUCCUUUUUUGCUGCAUCUGAUCUUGAAAUUGUUUAAUGUAAAAUCACAAUCUCGAGAUAUUUUAGCCAGUCACAGUUCUGUUCAGGCCAGUGUUUCUUAGGAGGACAAAAAUGAAAUGGAAAAGGAGCUGAUAUUGCAGGAAGUAACUUCACUGUUAAAUGACAGAGAAUCUGAUCAUUUUUACUUUAGCCCAGGAGCUGACUGCAACAACAAUUUCUUCCCCUCUCCUUUUGCCACUUUUUUUUGAGAUUCUGUGCAGGCACAGACUUAAUGGGAGCAAAAGCAAAAAUUAAUUGACAAAAUCUACUCUUAGGAAAAUGUAUGAAAUAAAGUACCGGACUUCAUGUGAAAUAAGGUAAAUGUGGUAGAAAACUUGUGGUAGUAAAUAAAGCUGCUUUAGUUUAUUGUUGCAAUUAAAGAAGCACUUUAAUGUAGCAACUGUGUUUUGCUACGACAUGUAAGUUAUUCUGACAAAGCAUGCAGAAAAUUGGAUAUUAUAGGCAUCUGGAAUGUGUCAGGCUGCGGCUCAGGGCAGGACUCAGAUGCAGAGACACGAUUUCGGUAAAACAGACUUUAUUGACGAAGUCGGUGGAAAAAAACCUCUUGAAAACGCUGUGAAAUAGCAAUAAAAUAAAAGGAAAAACAAUAACUGGCUAUUUCAGUUAGUGAACAAAAAACCCUCCAGGGGAAGAAAAUAAUCUACUAAGGCUAUGAUUUUAAAGAACAGAAAAUCACUCCAACCGGAGAAUAACCUAAGCUAACUAUUCAAACAAAGCUACAACAAAAAUUCGCUCUAAAUAGAGGAAAACUAAGACGUGAAAUGUAGGGUGGACUCUGAGGGAUCAAGGCAGGCGAAGACGUACUGCAGCAGGGUUGAUGACAUGGGUGAUGGGAAAGGGACCCACGAACCGAGGUGCAAGCUUCUUGGAGGGCACCUUUAAGUUCAGGUCACUAGUAGAAAGCCACACCCUCUUGCUCGACUGGUAUGCGGGAGUGAGUUUUUUUGACCCGGUCACCCUGGCGGAUGAGCACCUGCCUGGCAGCUGCCCAUAUCCGCCGACAGCGGCGUACCAGAGCAUGGGCUGAUGGGACCAACACCUCCGGCUCAUUGUCUGGGAAACGAGGGGGGUUGUAGCCGAAGACACACUUAAAGGGAAUAAAUGCCGUAGCAGAGGUAGGCAAGGAGUUGUGCGCAUACUCAACCCAGACCAGGUGGCUGCUCCAUGUUGAGGGGUUCUGGGACACUAGGCAGCGGAGACCAGUUUCCGCCACUCCUCCAAUGCCAGUUUGACUGCCAACAGUUUGCGAUUGCCGAUAUUGUAGUUCUUCUCGGCUUUAGACAGUCAUCGCGUCAAAAACGCACAAGGGUGCAUCUUACCAUCCUGAUCUGUGAGAGAGGACCGCUCCAAUGCCUUCAUUGGAGGCGUCCACCUCCACCACGAGCUGCCGCUGCGGAUCUGGGAGGGUGAGGAUGAGAGCAGAGGUGAAGCAAUGCUUGAGGUCCUGAAAAGCUGCCUCCACCUCAAGAGUCCACCGGAAGCGCACCUUGGAAGAAGUCAAGGCAUGAAGCGGAGCAGCUAUAACCCUGAGCUCCUGAUGAACCGCCUGUAAAAGUUAGCAAAUCUGAGGAACUGCUGAACCUUCUUGCGGUUAUCAGGUGUGGGCCACUCAGCGACCGCGUUAAUCUUAGCCUGAUCCAUCUGAACGUAGCCAGGGGCUACAAUGAAGCCCUGGAAAGAGAUGGUGUUGGCAUGAAUCUCACUCUUCUCCGCCUUGACAUAAAGCUUGUGGUCUAGCAAUAUCUGUAGCACUUUCUUAACAUGGGUCUGGUGAGAAUCAAGGUCGGCAGAAUAAAUGAGUAUGUCGUCUAGAUAUACGUACGCGUGAAACUGAAUCGGAAACCGUGAGUUGACUCACCAAAGUGGGUCUUUUAGCAGGACACACGACUACGAGGUGGUCCAACUCCCUGCAGUAAAAGCAUCGGCCCCCUUCCGGACGUCGCUGUCACUCCUGUCCUUUCAGGAACACGUCAUAUAGCACGGUGGAAUUCCACCCACUCUCCAUCGCCAGAUUGCAGAAACGGAUGGCAUAGUCACACACCGUUUCCUGUCCUUGACUCACCCUACUCAGUUCCAUGGCCUUUUCACAAUCUGUGGUUACUGGGUUGAAAGUUCUUUGCAGAACAGACUCGAAGUUGGUUAUAGAGUAGCAGAGUCUAGAGUCUCGACCUCUCGCCCGACCCGACAGGUGGGAGAUCAUGAAAGCUAUGUACUGUCAGGCUGUGGCUCAGGGCAGGACUCAGACACAGAGACACAAUUUCAGUAAAACAGACUUUAUUGAUGAAGUCCGUGGAAAAAAACCUCUGGACAGAGUGGGAAAACAACAAAGCUAUGAAUAACUCCUAAAGUGCCCUCAUCCUAGGGGAAUAGGCACGGCUAUGAAACAGUAAUAAAAUAAAAGGAAAACCAAUAACCGGCUAUUAAAGUUAGUGAACAAAAAACGCUCCCAAGGGAGGAAAUAAUCUACUAGCUAAAGCUAGAACAGAAAAUCACUCCAACCGGAGGAAAACCCAAACUAACUAUUCAAACAAAGCUGCAACAAAAAUUCGCUCUAAAUAGAGGAAAACUAAGACGUAGACUAGAACUAAACUGCGCUACAAAACAUACAACAAAAAAUCACUCUUUGCAGAGGUAGUAACAAAGUGCUUAUCGAAACAAGAAGCUAUGGCUAAGGCUAAGGGCAAGUGACCUGAAACAAGAGGAGAGUUACUUUUCAAAUUAAAACAGGAAAUGAUGAGACAUAAACCCAGAACAAUACAAUACCUCACUGUGGUGUGACAGAAUGUAGUAUUUAUUGUAUAUUGACAGAGAGGCAAAGUCCCUCCGCUUCCCCCAUGAAACCUUAUUUUGAAAAAACAAAACAAAAAACUGUAGUUAAUGUUGAGUAAUACUAUUUUUUUUUAGCCUAUUUCAAUUGUGAAAUUACAUAAAUUACAUAAUUUUGCAAAUCAAGAAAGCAGCAGUUUGUCUUAAAAAAAAACAUACAUAAUUUGAGUGGCACUGUUCAGUGAAUUACAUCUCUCACAGCUCACAACAUACUAGCUUACAGUUGGUCAUGUAAGCUGGCAAGCAGCUCUACAAGGUUUCAGUUACAGGUUUUGGUGAGUGUGAUCUGUCAGUUUUAUUAAAUCUAAAUCUAAAUCUAAAUAUCUUUUGAACUGACAAAUUAUUGGUCUAAUUCAUGGCAAAUUCAAACAGGUUUUAAAAAAAAAUAUUGUCACUAUUAACUACUAUUUUGCUGAUCCCACGGUGAUUCACUUGUAUUGGACUGCAUUGCAAAGGAGAGGAGUUGCUUUUAUUGUGUCCACUUACUGAGCAUUAUUAUUUCAGUUUAUUUGUGGUAAUUAAGGCCUUCUGGUCACAGUAGAGUCAGCUGUCACAAAUGUCUAAAAUAAAAUAGGUAAGAGAUGUUUUUAAUAUCUUAAAAAAAAAAAUGACAGAGGAGAAUAUCAUUUCAAAUAACUGUUCACUGUAAUUUUUCUCAAACGAGGAACAUUCAUUAUUGUGUUAUUUAGUUUCUGUCUUGCUUUGCAAUGUCUCUUUGAUUUAUUGUGAAGAAAUGUAAGGAAUUAAAAAAAAUAUUAAAAACUAA